UAUAAACUCCUUCUAUGACUCUCUCUAUCCCUCCCCCGCACCUUUCUCUCUCUUAACAUAUUCUGCUCUUUCUUCCUCUGCAUCCGCCAGUUUCUGUUCUAAGCUUAAGAGAAUGGAGUUCGAAAACCGGUACGGAAUUGCAACGACGCAGAAGUACAACUGUCUCUUGUUCGAUUUGGACGAUACUCUUUAUCCUCUUAGCACCGGAAUCGCAAGAGAGUGUGGGCAGAACAUCAAAGACUAUAUGGUCGAGGAACUCGGUAUACCGAAGGACAAAAUCGUUGAAUUGUCUAAUCUUCUCUACAAGAACUAUGGAACAACAAUGGCCGGUCUUAGAGCGAUCGGAUAUGACUUUGACUACGAUGAAUACCAUAGCUUCGUCCACGGUCGUUUACCGUACGACAACAUAAAACCCGACCCUGUUCUUCGAAGCCUCUUGCUUAGCCUUCCUCUACGAAAAGUCAUAUUUACAAACGCGGAUAGAGUUCACGCGGUCAAGGCGUUGAAGAGGCUGGGAUUAGAGGAUUGUUUCGAAGGGAUCAUAUGUUUCGAAACGCUUAACCCGACGCACACAAAUGCUGCGUCUGGAGAUACCGAGAUUUUUGAUAUCGUUGGACAUUUCGACCGGUCUGAACCGGUUAGUUUACUCCCGAAAACGCCUAUCGUGUGUAAACCGUCCGAAGCCGCUAUUGAGAAAGCUCUCGAAAUCGCCAAUAUUGACCCUAACCGAACGCUGUUCUUUGAGGACAGUGUUCGAAAUGUACAAGCUGGAAAACGCGUUGGUCUCGACACGGUUCUGGUUGGUGCAUCAAACAAAGUCAAAGGAGCAGAUUACGUCUUGGAAAACAUUCACAACAUGAAGGAGGCAAUACCGGAGUUAUGGAAAUCGGACAGAAAAUCGGUUGAUGUUGGAUAUUCCGGCAAGGUCGCCGUUGAGACACCUGUUACAGCUUAGGACUGUUUCACCGUUGUACCUAAUUUUCAUCCACUGUCAUUUUCAAUCUUUUUUCAAAUGACGUUAUGUCAUUUUUGUUUCUCGAGUCGUGUUUAUAAAUUUAAAUAAAAGCAGAAAAUAAUCUCCA